AUGCAUAUGCACAAGGCAAAAGUUGACGAGGACAAAGAAGUUGGAAAUGGAGCAAUAACAUCCUGGGACACUCCCUUGGAGGCACAGGUCGAAGAAGUUUGUAGAAAGGUGAAGGCAAUACCUGAGCUCCAAAAUGGCUAUAACAUUGUUGGUCAAUCCCAGGGUAACUUGGUUGGCCGAGGUCUGGUUGAGUUAUGUGAUGAUGCACCACCUGUAAUAAAUUUUAUAUCAUUAGGAGGGCCUCAUGCUGGUGUUGCAUUUAUUCCUAAUUGCUCUCAAUUUGAUGCCCUCUGCAGUCAUUAUGCUGCAUUGCUCGGCCGGGGAGUAUAUACAAACUAUGUUCAAGCUCAUGUUGCCCCAAGUGGCUAUACCAAGCUACCAUAUGAUUAUUUGGUAUAUCUAGCGAAGUGCAGUUUUCUCCCAAAGCUUAACAAUGAACUCCUGCAAAAAAAUGCAACCUACAAGCAAAGGAUAACUAACUUAAAGAACCUUGUGCUUAUCAUGUUUCAAGAAGACGGUGUUGUGAAGCCAAAAGAAAGCUCCUUAUUUGGAUACUACGCGGAUGGGAUUCCCGGACCAGUUCUGCCCCUACAGCAGACUCGGCUUUACACGGAGGAUUGGAUCGGUUUGAGAACUCUGGAUGAAACAGGAAGGCUCAAGCUGAUUAGUGUGCCCGGAGUUCACCUUCUGAUCUCCCUGUCCGAUACAAUGCGAUAUGUCGUUCCAUACUUGAAGGAUGGCGCAUAG